GUAUCAAGAGAAAGCAAUGGCUUUUUGCUCAAUAUUUUAUUAUUUUGCCUUUGCAAAAAUAAUCAUAACGGUGGGCUUAAAUUCCGCUUUCCAACUUCUCAAAAAACCAGUUCCAUGCUGAGCUGAAAACCAGACUCACCUCCGUCGUCUUCUUUACUCUCUCUCUCUCUCUCUCUCUCUCUCUCUCUCUGAAAGUCUUCUUCCUAACAAAUCUUGAGAUUAUAGAGAAACGAAUUCAAGAACUGAAAAUUUAUCACGAGAAAAUGGGGCUUCCCUUCUCUCCCAUUGCCAUCUCCUCUAAACUUAUCGUCUUGCUGUUCCUCAUGCUUUCUUGCACAAGCUUCCUUACAACAGAAGCCUAUGAUGCACUUGACCCAAAUGGAAAUAUCACAAUAAAAUGGGACAUUAUGAGCUGGACUCCCGAUGGUUAUGUGGCUGUUGUUACUAUAUACAACUUCCAGCAAUAUCGUCACAUUCAGGCACCAGGGUGGAUGCUAGGAUGGAAAUGGUCAAAGAAAGAAGUGAUAUGGAACAUGGUCGGAGGCCAGACGACAGAGCAAGGGGAUUGUUCGAGAUUCAAAGGAAACAUUCCACACUGCUGUAAGAGGGAUCCAACAGUUGUUGAUUUAUUGCCAGGAACUCCUUACAAUCAGCAGAUUGCUAAUUGCUGUAAAGGGGGUGUUAUAAACUCAUGGGUGCAAGAUCCAACAACCGCAUCAGCCUCCUUCCAACUUAGUGUAGGUUCAGCUGGAACUACUAAUAAGACUGUCAGAGUUCCCAGAAACUUCACUUUGAAGGCACCAGGACCUGGCUACACUUGCGGGCAUGCAAAGAUUGUCAGACCUAGUAAAUUCAUGACUGCAGAUAAAAGGAGAGUAACACAAGCUUUGAGUAAGUCACAAAAGAAAACAAGGAAUUCUGCAUUUUCUACCUACUAUAAAUUUUCUAAAAGCAAGGUGAUAUAUCCUUAAUGUCAGUACCAUUUGUAGGAUUGGAAGUUCUGCUUGAUGGUUAUGACUUUCUUACUGGUCCUUUUAUUAGUUA